AUGCCACCAUAUUGGCUAGUGUAUCAGAAGCCUUGCCAUCUACUGGUAGAGCUGGAGCAUAAGGCUUGGUGGGUUGCGAAGAAGUGCAACAUGGACAUGGUUGCUGCAGGACAACAACGAAUGCUUCAAUUGCAUGAGCUAGAAGAAAUACACAAUCAAGCAUAUGAGAGUUCGAGAAUCUACCAAGAGAAAGCCAAAGCUUUUCAUGACAAACAUAUUAUUCGAAAGAGUUUUGUGGAAGGUCAGAAAGUUCUCAUGUAUCACUCUCUCCCUAAACUCUUUCCUAGGAAGUUGAAGUCUCGAUGGUUAGGUCCGUUCACUGUCACCAAGGUUUUUUCUCAUGGAGCGGUCGAAGUUGUAAGUCCAAGUAACAGAAAGUCUUUCAAGCUGAAUGGUCAAAGAUUAAAUCCAUAUUACGAAUCAGUGGAGGAAGAACAAGUUGUUGUGAUUCACCUCAUUGACCCGGUAUAUGUUGAUGAUGUUGGGUUUGUGAAGAGUAUUGGAUUUUUCAUUUGGACAAUUGUGGUGCAGUGUAUUUUGGAAGCAUUGUGA